GCCAGGACAGGCAAGUUGAGAUAAGUUCGCUCCUUGUCAGUCUAGUGUCACAGCUUCAGAUCAGUUGGCAGCAUCCGCACGUGCUAUGGCACACCUCAGGCCGCUGCACUGCACCGUGCAUUAUGCAGACCAGUCUGUCUGACAGGUCCUUCCAACCUUCACCCAACACCAACUGAAGCUAUUCAACAUAAGCUUUCCUGUGUCUUCUGUAACCGACCCAGAGGAGCAUCUUGGCUGCCUCCAUCAAAAGCAUCGUUUUUUCUCUCACACAAGGCCAUCGUCAUCUACCGGGAUGGAUGGCGAUGAAUCAUAAUACGACUCGCUCUUCUCCUUGAUCCAGCCGCAGCUAGCUACGCAUCCAAGCUUUGAGUCAUCCCCAAGAAAGCAAGCAUCGUCAAUCAAAAUCGACAGCAACAGAGACAAGAUGCCGUCUUCAAGUUCCGCCAGAUCGUCUCAAUCUUUGCGCAGCUCCGCUGCCGCUGCAGUCUCGACCUCAUCUGGCGCCGCCGACCAACCGUCCGUACCUAUCGAGAUCCUCGUCGAGCACCUCCUUGCAGCGAAGCGCUCCCUCUCGUCCAUGACUCUAGUUCUAGAAGCCAAUGACUUGACUACACAAGCCCGCUCGGUGCACGAAGACAGCGUUGUGCUCGCGGCCCGCACCGCAUUCCUUCGCGCCGGCAUCGCCCAGCAGAUCCACACACUGGAGCGCAUUCGCCGCGGGCUGGCGAGGACUUACGAUGUUGGUCGCAGGGACUUCGAACAAUUAAUCAAGGUCCUCGACGAUGCUGGCGAGCGACUCACACGUACGAUGAAUGUGCUGCACAACACAAUAGUUGAUCCUGUCUUUCGCCCCGCGGGAGAGGAGCCGAGAAGUUUGAUGUUCUUUGUCGACGAGGGCAACGUAGACCGCUUGACCAAGUCACUGAAGGAGAGCAUUGCCGAGCUCAAGGCUGCCGAAACAUCAUAUGACGGUGAUCUUCUGCGUUUUGACAACGACAUCCGCUCCGUCAAGAAGCAUUUGCUCGCAGCGCCCGGACUACCGUCUCCAUCAAAUUCGGUGUUUUCCCGUCCGAUGGCUGACCUCGUCCGUACCCUAACGAACCACUCCCACGCCAUGGCCGAGAACCUCAGCUCUUUAACCCGACACUUUGACCUAUGCGUCACGGCUGUGCGCGCAUCUGAGGGUGGCGCCGCGCUGGCCCUUCGCAAGGCAGCCGAGGACGGACCGUCGACCAUUUCCAUCUCGGGCGUGAUCCGUGGCGACGGCACCGACGCUGACGACCAGGACAUCAAAACCAUGUCGGCACGUGAGCGCGAUGAGAUGCUCCGGGUAGUGAUGCAGGAUGCCACCGAAGUGGGCGAGGUCGUGCGCGACAUCAAUUCCGGCCUUGAGGAAAUGCAGGCGCUCGGGGCACUGGUGGAGCAGCAGGCGGCGCACGUUCGCACAGCCCACGAGUGCACCCUGGAUGCCUUCCGCCGCCUCGAAGAGGUCGAAGCCCGACUCGGGAGCUACGUUGCUGCCGAGCGUGAAUACGUAGAUCGCUGCGAGGUGGAGAAGGACGCCAUCCAUGAGCGGCUCGCCCAGGCCGAGGAUCUGGUUGUAUUCUACGAGGGCUACGCUGGUGCCUACGAUGGUCUCGUGCUGGAGUACGAGCGUCGGAGGAACGUAGAGGAUAAGAUCAGGGCCCUUUGGCGCAAGGCGGCCGCCGCUGUCGAGAAGCUCGAGGAGCAGGACGCUGCGGCGCGCGACUCGAUGAGGAAGGACGUCGGUGAUUACAUACCCGGUGACCUGUGGGUGGGGAUGGACGAUCCGGUGCGCAAGUGGAAGGUUGUGGCGGUUGAUGAGGGUGAAGGUGGUAGCGGAGAGAUUGAAGGAUCAUCCGUGCGUCUAAAAAAGGGUACCGUCGAGGCGGCGAGGGAGAGGGUACAUGGACGUUGAGUGCGAGGGUCUCACUUUGAAGAACCUCGGGGACGCACAUAAUCUGUAUUGUACGCAUAGUUUUUGUUCGAUUUUGUCUUUUUUGGUUAUUAUUAGUCGUUUAGCUUGGGCGCCAGGACUGGAGAGGGCUAGGAGUUUUUGAUUUUAGCAACUCUUGAUGGGAGCAUCCCUUUAGACCC